AUGACACCGAUGUCCCGACUCUCGAAGGCGGACGUCCGCCUAUUUUUGCGACAGCUCCAGGCCAAUUCUGCCGACGUGACCAAGUGGGAACCCAUGAUGCGCCUUUCCCUGCUGCGCGGUGGGCUCAUUGAUUUUACAAUUUAUGGCCGCCGUGUAGCAUCAGCGCCUCGUCUUGCUUUGAUGGCUGUAUCUCAGAGCGCUCUUGCAUCCCUCGCCAAGCAUCCUUGCGCACCAGCAAUCAACUUCACCUUCGACGUACCCGCUGUACAGCUGCGAGGUGGAAAUGGCCAGGCAAAACUCGUCUCCGGGAAGGGCAAGAUGCGCGAAGCUCAGAUCAAGAUCCAUGAAGCUGCUCUUAUUGCGAUCUCACAGUGGCUUACCGCCCUGUGCACACCCGCACUGAUGCCUAUUGCCGGAGCAAGCUUCUCGAUCGAGACGUGCAUCCGCUUCAUCUGCGUUCACACUCUACACGCGCCAGAGUGUGUUCAGCACCUGACUGACAAGUUCAUUACAAACGCCGGUAAGCUUGCGCUGAGCUCGCAGCAGGUUACAGAGCUUGUCAGGUCGCGCCGCGGUGACAACGACCAAUUGCUCAUGGGGCUUGCGGAGAAGUUGAUUGGGAAGAAGCUCGACGGCCAGCUCGCUCCUAAGCAACUGAGCAUGUUCUUGUGCAAGGCAGGCAACGAAUUACUGAAGAAGAAGGUCGAGACCCUGGAGAAAGAGAUGGGCCUCACGACUGAAGGGACGGAUUCGAAGGCGGCAUUGCAGUCCUGGACUGAGGGGUUUCCUCCCUCAUCCCCCACAGCGGCAAUCCGUUCCGCAGGUCGGAUUCAUGAGAUCAAAAACCAUGAGAUCAUCGAGAUCGACACAGACAUAAUGGAAGUGGAUGCAGACGGGUGGCAAGUACCCCCUCGUGCGAAAGAGGAAGCGGCAGCGUCGAAGAGGCAAAAAUUGACGCACAACAAGGAUGGUAAGAAGUAA